AUGUGUCGCCCGUCGCCUGCAGGAAACCUGGAGAGCCGGGAGUUUGAAGACAUUCCCGAAGCCAACAAUAUCACUCUUUCGCUUCCACAUGCGGCUGAGAAGGCUAUCGACCCCAGGGCUUUCAAUAGCGUCCCAGGAUCUAGGAGAUUUGGGAGGGAAAUGCGCGAAAGGCAAUUGAACUCUUACCUCCCAAACGUGAUAGGCAAAGGCCAUGCGGAUUCGGUGUAUGGACCAGUCAUGAAGUUUUCUCACGGCGAUCCGGCUACGGAUGAGCGAGCGGUCAUGAGGCAAGCCCAGUUUCGCGACGAGCUUUUCCAAUGGGGUACAGGAGGACUAUGUGGCUGCACAAUGGUUACCUUGGUCUCGCGCCGAGCUGUCUGGAUGGCCCAUUUUUGGGAGACAUUUUCCCAUGCUGACUCGGACUGGGUGCCUGGUGCCCCUAUCCCAGCCCCUGAUCAGUUCGGAACCGAACAUAUGGUCAGCUACAGGCAGUUCCAGCAGAGGAUUUUAAGAGCACUGAGGACGGCGGAACCCCCAGCCAACCCUGUAACAGCCAGGGGAAGAAAUCCAAAGGGCUACAUAGCACCAGAAGGCCCGCCCAUUGACCCGAAAUUGUUUAACGACCCUGAAGAUGGGACUGAACUACAUAUAAUGACUCCGUAUGUUUCAACGGAGGAACCAAUUGAGACGACGACAGAGUUGGAAUAUGCGAAUCGAAUCGAAGAGGUUAAGGCCGAGAUUGCUGAUAUUCUGGGAAUACGACCAAUGGAGCAUGUAUGGCCCUAUCGGAAGCUAAGAUGGAGUUACCCUGACGAAUAUGCCCUUGUUGACAAAACGUGUCGUGGGUUUGCUUUGUUCCAAUAUGACCCGGACGCUGAUGGCGACGGAAACCGAGGGUGGAGGAUCAUGUACGAGAGCAAGGAAAUCAGAAAGUUCUUGGAUUAA